UGGACAGACGGAGUUGGGCUUCCAGGAUAGCAGGGACCGGCCAGGGUGAUUCCGCGCAUUGCAGUGAGCUCACCGUGUGCCCAAGGGCAGGAGCCGCGGGCCAUAAGGAACUGUGCCUGGGCGGAGACCGUGUGCGAGAGCCGCCUCUCGCUGUCCUAGUCACUCGCCAGUCGGCGGCGUGAUGUCAAACUGUCUCAGUCUCAGUCUACAGCUCUUUUCGAGGUUGGAGUUGGGGGCAUGAGGAGCUCUACAAUCAGCCUCUGUUCCUUUGUCAGAGUGGGAUCAUCAAGCUCUCGGCAAGGCGCUUCUACACCGGCUCUAACAUUUUUCAUCCGAUAUGGCAGCGAUUUCUAAACCGAAAGGAAACCCUUUCUCCUUGCCCACCGUGUGAACUUCAGCCGCUACCGGACAAACUGCAAGAAUUAACACCUCGAGCCCAAAUGAAUUGAAAGAAUUAAAUUGGGGAAAAAAACUCCAAAAAAACAGUUUGCCAGAUUUUGAGUUCUGUCUUAAUCUGCGACUUUAAAUGGGAUCGUCCAACUGGUGAAUUUUCAAAAUAACAGGAAUAAGUCCAUUUUUAUGAUAAAUUCUCUCUCAGAGACUCUGUCCCAUCCCCUUUUUUCUCCUGUGCAGCCAGACAGGUGAUGGGCGUAUCAGUCCGGUGCAGUGUUGACUCAUGGGUUUUUCAGUUUGGUCUGAUCUGAACAAAUAUGCAGAUCUACCGGCUGGUCUACUGCUGAUGCCAGAGAGAGGGAGAGAGAGAGAGGACGGCAAGGAAACGUACAAAUCCAAUGUGAAACAAGAAAAAAAAUCCUCACACUCUAGUUACUUUUCCGAGGGAUGGUACUGAUUUUUUCUGCGACAGGGGCGCCGCUGAAGCUCCUAAAUGAUCGAUUCUCGCUGCAGGACAAACUUAAAGUGAAACGAAAUGAGAGCCACGGUUUAUUUUAUUCUGGGCUUUUGCUACCUGACCUGUGCGCGUACAGAGGAAGCUGAAUUUCCCCCAGAAUUGCUUGAGAAGCUGGCACACAGUGAUAUUACCAGCAUCCGCGAUCUUCAGCGCCUCCUGGAGAUUGAAUCCGUAGGGGAUGAUGAUCACACAGAAUCUAAUUUAAGGUCUCACAGUAUUAAUGCAGUAAAACAUGAGUACACAAAGCGUUCAGCACCUGUACGCAGAAGGCGAAGUAUUGAAGAAGCUGUUCCUGCAGUGUGUAAAACAAGGACUGUCAUUUAUGAAAUACCUCGCAGUCAGAUAGAUCCCACCUCUGCCAACUUCCUGAUAUGGCCUGCUUGUGUGGAGGUCAGACGCUGCACAGGCUGUUGCAAUACUGGCAGCGUCAAAUGCCAGCCCUCCCGGAUACAUCAUCGAAGUGUCAAGGUUGCAAAAGUGGAGUAUAUAAGGCGCAAGCCCAGAUUAAAGGAGGUCGUAGUCAGGUUAGAAGAGCACCUGGAAUGUAUGUGCACAUUACUACAUUCUAAUUCAGAAUUCAGAGAACAUGAAGAUGUGAGGUGAAAAUAAGCUACAUGAGGACUUACAGUGGGGGGCAUGCACGUACAUCUCUUUUGCUCCAUGCCAAAAGCCUAUUGCCAAAGGUGCUUUUUUUCGACUGUUAUUUCCCUUUGCCCUCAAUAGAACUGUUUUCCCAGCAAAUUGAAAAUGGACAAAAAAAACUGUCUUAAUUCCAAGGCAAUCAGGAGGAAUAUUGUGGAAUGAGACUGCUCAGUGAAUUGACGGGAGGCAUCUUGAUUUUUUUAUAUAUAUGGAGAAAAAGAAAAGGCAUUCAAAUGGAUGGCAAGAAUGUCUAAAAUGCUGCUGAAAGGACAUGGUUUCAGGUGAAUGGAGAACAUAUAAUGAAGAACUUCUAAAAUGGUGCUGUUGAUUAGUAGGCUGUGUCUCCCUAAAGCCUCAACGGGACUUAACGCGAAUGAGAGGCAUGGACCGUUUGAGAAGCCUCUGCCAGUACUUUCUUUUCCAGAGCUUAUCCACAAGACUGUGGGGCAACCUUGCACAUUGUUCUUGUUUUCUUACGAACUACGCAGUUCCUUCAGAGGGGAUCGGGUGGGGAGCCUUGAAGAUGGAUGUUGAGUUUAUUCUCGCACCAUUGAGUGUAUAUUAAGCUUGCUUCUACUGUAUUCUUUUUAAUGUUUUAUUAUUCUGUGGACUACUUGUAUAUUUUAUUGCAUUUAGGAGACUGCAGGUAUGACUUUCCAGCAUAUCAUUGAUUUAUUUUACUGGAAGAAUAUGAUCUUUAACCAAGCUGUUCAGAAAAUUGCAUUCUUGUAAAAAAAAACCCAAAGUCUUUUUGGUUCAAUAUGUUCCUUUCUUUCCCUUCUCCUCCUUUCUAAUUUAAAGCAUUUUAAGUAAAAUUAUUUUGCAUUAAUAAAUGAUACAAGAAGCCGGAAAAUAACAUUUCUGGUCCUGUACAGUCUGAAAAUGUUGUUUCUUUGCCUGUUAGUAAUAGCACAUUUUUGUGAAUUCCAUCUUUUUAAGGAAAAGUAUUUUCAAGCUUUUAUUUCACAUGUGUGAUUGUCUGAAAUGGUCACGAGUGUCUAUUGCAAUGGGAACUAUAAAAAUAUGAACAGUGAGCUCUACAAGGAAACCUGAUGUUCUACCAGAUAAUCUGAUCUCUUUUUAAAUAUGUGGUCACAACAAUAAUUAAACUUCUGAAUAUAUUCAAGAAAGUAGUGCUGUGAUUUACAAAAAAGUCUAUUGGUCAUCGACUUAAUAGGGGCUUCCAUUAUUCCAUUUUGGUUGUGCAUUACAAUUUAACUUUGCAUGGAGGUCCUACUGAGCCAUAGCCCUAACUUCAAACCACCCCUGACCCUGUUCUGCUAAUUUAGCAAUAGCAAGGAUAUGCUGGCUGGCCACCUCCUUUUCUACAAGCCAGUCGAUCUGAAUGUCUACUACUCAGCCUUUACUUUGGAAGUUAUAUGAUUAUGACACAGAAUGAGGCUAGGGAUGAAUUUAGCUUUGCUGAUCUCGGCAAUCCACACGCUAUCUUGACUUGUUACCAUGUUGCCAUUCCUUUACUAUCGAUAGGUCAAAAUCUUGGAAAGCCUUUCCUAAUAGCAUUGCAUCUCCAUACUUCACUAGGAUUGCAGCGGUUCAAGAAAGCAAUCUAGCACCACUUUCUCCAGGAUGUUUUGAGAUGCAAAAUGAACGUUAGCCUAGCCAAUAAUGCCCAUACCCAAUGUAUGAAUAAAAAAAAUCCUCUUAGACAUCCUAUUCCCUGGUGCAAUUAACACAAAUAAUAUGGAAAUGGCUGUAUAAGUCGUUAAUGGAAUAAUGAUUCAGACAGUCAGAUUUCUUAUUCCAUCACAGUAAUUUGAGAAUUUUAAUUCAAUCUUGAAAGUUUGCAAAUAAAAAUAAUUUAAUGAAAGUAAAUACAAAGCUGCAGGAUUGGUUUUAGAAACAUUCAUUAGUUCACGAAUCCCCUUCAGGGAAGUGAAACCUGCUGUCUGGUCUGUUGUGAUUGUAGUCCUACAGCAUCAUCUUUGGCUCUUAAUUGUCAUUUGAAAUGGCUUUAGAAGGUGGUCCACCAGUUCCUUUUUAGGACAACCAUGGAUGAGUAAUAAAUCCCAGUCUUGCCAGCAAUACCCACACGGAGAAUGUUUUUAAAAUUUUGUACUUCGAGACAUUUGAUGUCAGGGCACUGUAACCUAAUAGAACCUAGUAUCUUAAAUGGCCACUAUUUCUUGCAUAUUUUGUAAUUUAUCUCUGUACAUUGCAUAGCUGUUUUAACCAGUUGUAAAGCCUAACAAUGAUUUCUGUUCAAGAAUUAUAAUAUUCUGCAGGGCAGAACAUUAUACUAUUCGUACCAAUAGUGAUUGCUUCUUUGAGUUAAAUUUGCCUGUGAUUAAAUUAUUUUAUGAA